AUGCAGGUUGAGGUGAGCAAGUACACUGAAGGCGUGAAUGAAAAGGCAUUACGACCAAAUGGAUUACCCAAGUCAUUAAUUCGUUAUGAUGCUCGUCAAAAGGAGAAAGCUUUGGGUUCCAUCACUGAGGUUGUCCAAACUGUUAGGGACCCAAAAUCCAUUAUUAGUGAUAGGAAUGGUGAUACUUCCUCCAAGCAAGAAGAGAAAGAGAAAAUCAACUUUGAUUUUGUAUUGCCAAAGUCUGCUGAUACUGGGAAUACAAGCACACCUGGUAGACAACCUUCUCCACUUAACGUCCAUCGCAUGAGUUCUAGUCAGGAUAAGAGCAGGACAUCACAAUCAGGACGGACUGCAUUCAAGGGUUUUAAAGGAAAAUCUCUGAGUGCUGCAGGGAGAGAUGAAGAGAAGGCCAUUGUUGAACCUGAGGUUUUGAUGACCAAGGAAAUAGAUUGGUCUAACAAUUGGGAGCACUCACUAAGAGAGAGGGACAUAAGGCAGGGAAUUGAUCUAGCAACCACAUUGGAGAGGAUAGAAAAGAACUUCGUGAUUUCUGAUCCUCGACUGCCAGAUAACCCAAUUAUAUUUGCAUCUGAUAGCUUUCUUGAACUUACGGAGUAUACACGAGAAGAAAUUUUGGGACGAAAUUGUCGGUUUCUUCAAGGACCAGAAACAGAUCAGGCAACUGUUAACAAGAUAAGGGAUGCUAUAAGAGAACAGAGGGAAAUCACUGGUGAACUUCAAUACUUCAUUGGUGUUCAACUAGAUGGAAGUGAUCAUAUAGAACCCUUAAAAAACCGACUGUCAGAGACAGCUGAGCAACAGAGUGCAAAGUUGGUGAAAGCCACUGCAGAAAAUGUUGAUGAAGCUGUCCGAGAACUUCCCGAUGCCAACUUGAGACCAGAAGAUUUGUGGGCAAUUCAUUCUCAACCUGUCUUUCCACGACCUCACAAAAAGGAAAAUCCUUCUUGGAUAGCAAUACAAAAGUUAGCUGAAAAGGCAAACGUAGGAUCUUCAGAACUGUCUCCUGUAGUAUACUUCUUACCUGAAGAAGUUGAACAUUGGAAUACAACUUGUGAGAAAGAGAAUCACCAGCCAAAGCAUUACAAUUUGGCAAAAGCAUUAUUGGCACAAAAUGGGAGGAAGAAUGAUGGUGUGAGGUGCAUUUCCGCGACAAAUGAGCAACCUUCCUCUGUCACAACACGACCCACGACCGUGCCGUGGGAAGGGAGUGAGACUGCCGGUGUGGAGAUAAGAGAAACUAAAAUGAGUGUGCUUAAUGAAAGAAGCAGCCAUUUAUCUGGUUCUUGUCCUCACCAUUUGUGUUGUAUUGUAGCUGCAAGAGGCGAAAAAAUUGGCCUCCAACAUUUUGUGCCCAUAAGGCCACUAGGUUGUGGUGAUACUGGCAGUGUUCAUUUGGUGGAACUCAAAGGUACUGGUGAACUAUAUGCAAUGAAAGCAAUGGAAAAGUCUAUCAUGCUAAAUCGUAAUAAGGUUCACCGGUCAUGCAUUGAGAGAGAGAUUAUAUCAUUAUUGGAUCAUCCUUUUCUUCCAGCACUAUACACCUCAUUUCAGACUUCUACACAUGUAUGUUUGAUUACUGACUUCUGCCAAGGGGGAGAGUUGUUUGCAUUGCUUGACAGACAACCGAUGAAGAUUUUCAAAGAAGAAUCAGCAAGAUUCUAUGCGGCAGAGGUUGUCAUUGGUUUGGAAUAUCUCCACUGUCUAGGUAUAAUUUAUCGUGACUUAAAGCCUGAAAAUAUCUUAAUUCAGAAGGAUGGUCAUGUUGUAUUAACUGAUUUUGAUCUAUCAUUUAUGACAUCGUGUAAACCCCAGAUUGUGAAGCAAUCAGUGCCUGGUAAAAGGAGAUCACGAAGUGAACCGCGACCAAUAAUUGUUGCAGAGCCAGCUACACAAUCAAACUCAUUUGUUGGAACUGAAGAAUAUAUUGCCCCUGAAAUUAUAACUGGAGCUGGGCAUAGUAGCGCCAUAGAUUGGUGGACCCUUGGUAUCUUGUUGUAUGAGAUGCUCUAUGGUCGUACACCAUUUAGAGGAAAGAAUAGACAGAAGACAUUUUCCAACAUCUUACACAAGGAUCUUACCUUUCCAAGCAGCAUCCCGGCUAGUCUUGCAGCCAGGCAAUUGAUUAAUGCACUAUUGCAAAGAGACCCAACAAGUCGUCUAGGUUCAACCACUGGUGCAAAUGAAAUCAAACAACAUCCCUUUUUCCGUGGAAUCAAUUGGCCUCUUAUCCGCAACAUGACUCCACCGCCAUUAGAUGUUCCUCUAAAAUUGAUAGGAAAAGAUCCAGUGGCAAAGAAUAUAAAGUGGGAAGAUGAUGGGUUGGAUGGUGAGAACGAGAAAAUGGAAAACAAUUCAGAAUAG